UUGUUUUUAAUUAUUUGCAAUAAAGAUUUUUUUCAGGCGGGAUCAUUGAAAUUGCCAGGAAUUCACAUUACCGGGACGCUGUCAAUGAAUCGUACUAUAGGGCGAUAGGCAAAUAUAACACGUGGCGGUGGGGGAAAAUGGCACACACAUACACCCUUAUAAAAGGUGGUGGUGGUGGUGGGAAACAGAUGUGACUGGGAAUUAUGCGCAUCACCCCCUCCCCCAACUGGACGGGACAAAAAGGCGAGCACUUUACCACUAGGCUUCGUCCUGUCCGAGUUAGCAAUGAAAGUUAAAGAAGGUGGUGGUUUUUUUUUUUUUUUUUUUUUCUUUUUUUUUUUUUUCUUAAUCAUCAACUAUUGGAUGGUAAUUCAGAGAUAAAAUUAUAGUCUUUGAAAGGAAAUCCGUAACAGUUUUUCAUUAAUAUCAAGGGGUCUUUUAUAUGCACCACUCCACAGACAGGAUAGCACACACUACGGCCUUGGAUACUGAUAGACCAGUCGUGGUGCAUUGGCUGAAACGAGAAAUAGCCCAAUGGACCCACCGAUGGAAAUCGAUCCUAGACCGACGGCGCAUCAGGCGAGCGCUUUACCACUGGACUACGUCCCGCCCCCAUAUUAAAAGGAGAUCCGUAUAUAUGUGAAAUAGCUAUAUAUAGGUCACGUUUUCUGCUCGCUUUCUUAAUGUAAAGUUCUUUCUCGGUAACCGGUGACUCAUGUUCAGUUUGAAUGCACAGCGCAUCUUGUCCCAAGAAAUACUAACACGCGACAACGCGCUCGGGGUUAAAUCUCUACACUAGUUAUAAUGAACAUAGCGCUGUCGAGUCUUCGAUUAUCUACACGGCAGUACAAAGUCGUAGUGCGCACCGUUACAAUGUACCUAACUCGUCUGUACCAAUCUGCUAACAUGGACGUAAUUCGACAUUCCAAGAGACCUGAAGCGACUUAGCUGACAUCAGCAAAACAACUAGGUGGCAGCACCAGCAUCCGGCAAGGACUUCUAGGAAGCGGCAGCACAAGCAUCCGGCAAGGACUUCCGGGAAGCGGCAGCACCAGCAUCUGGAAAAGACUUCCGGGAAGCAAAAAAAGAGAAGAAAACAAAGCAAAAAUAAACAAGGAAGCCACUGGAAUUAUGGCUGACUCAAAUGGCAAACGAAAGAGACAUGCAUCUGUGGAGUCGGCAGAAUCUGACGAUUACACAAACUACAUCCCCACCCCUCCGGACGGGGGGUAUGGGUGGGUGAUCGUGGCGUGUUCCCUGGUGAACAACAUUAUCGUGGACGGGAUCGGGUAUUCGUUCGGGGUGUUCCUCCUGGAGUUCGUCGAGUACUUCAAGGAGCCGAAGAGUAAGGUGGCGUUCGUCGGAUCCCUGUUGUGUGGAACCUACCUUACAGCAGGUCCAGUUGUUAGCGCCCUGGUUAACCGGUUCGGCUGUCGGAAGGUUGCGGUUUUUGGAAGUUUUUUUGCAUCCGGGUCUUUUGUCCUCGCCAUGUUCUCACCAAGCAUCGAUAUUCUUAUUUUGACGUACGGAAUCAUGGGAGGAUUUGGUCUCGGAAUGAUCUACCUUCCAUCUAUCGUCAUGGCUGGCUACUACUUCGAGAAGAAACGGGCCUUGGCCACGGGCAUAGCCGUGUGCGGGUCGGGAAUCGGAACCUUCAUCUUCGCGCCACUCGCCAAAUACCUCCUGGACGAGUUCGACUGGAAGAACGCUCUGCUGAUCAUCGCAGGAAUAAUCCUCCAGAGCGCCAUCUGUGGGAUGCUGAUGAGACCUCUGGAACCGGCCACAAAGAAGAAGAAGCCGAAGAAGGACAAGAAGCAGCAACCGAGGGAGAAGAACAUCGUCGACCGGAUCAAGGAGCAGACGAAGCGACAGAGAUCGGAGUCGGAGAGCAGUGCGUACAUCCACUCCGUGAACGUCAACAACAGCAUACUGGAGAGAGUCAUGGAGGCGAAGAUACAGAGAGAGACGCAACUGCAGGAAGAUGACUCUGAAAUCGGUUCACUGCCCAGCACGUUCUUCAUCAAGGGACCUGCCAGACACGGCAGCAGAGACGCCAGGCUUCAGAAGCUGUCCCUGUCCGACAGAGGUGACGUCACCAGUACCGCUGACAGUCAUCCGGGAAGUCCUGGCAGCGUGCCAAGGAUUGUGGUGCAGACGGAGGAGGAGGAAGCGGCCGAGUCGGCGGUCGGGGACGGGACGGCGACCGAGGUUUCGGAGUACGUCACGCCUCCGACGUCACCACAGGAGGCGAGUUCACCCGAGAGUCCAGGGGACGAAGGAAUAGGCGGCAUGAACAGAAGCGCCAACAUGAAUAUGAACUCGAACCAGAACGCACACCACAGGCGGAGCGAUCCGGAGAUCAAGCGUCGCAUGGUGAAACCGGUUCCGUACACGAACGGGAGCCUCCCGAACGCCAUGCACAAGAGCAGCAGCGGUCCGGACGAGGUUCCGCUUCUUCUCACGACAUCCUCGCCAGCGCCGCCGGUCCCAAGCAAGAAUGUCUUGGUGCAUCUACACAAGAACGGCAGCCGCGAGUACGUCGUGAAACACGCGUCACGCUCCACCAUGACGUCAGAGAGAAACCUGGCGGUCCCCAAGCAGGAGUUUGCCAAGCCCAUGUACAGGAAGGACAUCUUCUACAGCGGCAGCGUCCUGAACAUCGCUCAGUUCCGGUCGCAGCCCAACAUGCGCAGCUACAUUACCAGCAUCACGUCGAUCCCCGGGGGAAUCCCCCCGGAAGAGGAGUCCUGUUUGUGGCGGUUCUGUCCUUGCAUCCCGACUUCGAUUAAGGACAUCCUACAGGAUAUGAUGGACGUGUCACUGCUCAAGGACGUGGCCUUUGACCUGCUGUGUUUCGGUAACAUCCUGUGUUUCCUCGGCUUCUACGUGCCGUUUGUGUACCUCGUGGACCGUGCCAUCAUCUCCGGCAUAGACAAGGGCAACGCCGCCUUUCUUGUCUCGGUGAUAGGUAUAACAAACUGUGUGGGUCGUAUCUUGGCUGGGUGGAUCGCGGACCUGCCCCAGGUGAGCAGUCUGCUUGUCAACAACGUUGCGUUGCUGCUAGCCGCCGUCUCCACCGCCAUUUUCCCGUUCUGCACGUCCUACACGCUGCUCGUCGUCGUCGCCUGCUUCUUCGGAAUCGGCAUUGGUGCUUUUGUGGCGUUGUCGUCGAUUGUGAUCUGUGACUUGGUGGGGCUGGAGAAGUUAACCAACGCGUUCGGUUUGCUCACCAUGUUCAGGGGUUUCGCUGCAAUAGCAGGACCUCCACUGGCAGGUUACGUGUACGACAUGACCCAGAACUACGACAAGUCGUUCUUCCUAGGUGGCGGUCUGCUGCUAGGGGGCACUGCCUGUCACUUCAUGCUUCAGAUGCCUUGUCUAAAACGAGAUCCCGUAGACAAUAUGCAGUUUACAGUGACGGCUAUAGACGAAAUAGUUCCAGACGAGCAUGUCGUGAUGGGUCCCAGAAGUCCGGAACCCGAACAUUUAACAAUAGAAGAAGCGAUGUCCAUCGUCUAGCAGCUGUUGUCUUUUAGAGUUGUUUUCCUUCGUUUGGAAGCCAUUUGUAAAUUUUAGAGUUAAUUCCAUUGGCGAAGGGAGCGCUCCAUAAUUUUAUUAAAAUAAACAUUUAACAAGGUCCCAGAAGCCCGGAACCCGAACAUUUAACAAUAGAAGAGGCCAUGUCGAUCGUCUAGCCGCUGUGAUCUUUUAGAGUUGUUUCCCUUCGUUUGGGAGCCAUUUAUAAAUCUUAGAGUUAAUUCCCUUGGCGAAGGAAGCGGUCCAUAAUUUUACUAAAAUAUUGUUAUUAUGUUCUAAAAUUCAGAACAGACGGUUUUUCACAAAAUAGGUCUAUACGAAAUAGGUCUAUCUCGGCGGAUUCAAGAGAGGGGUCCCAGGCAACCUGCUCCCUCUAAAUGGGGGUUUUGUUGGGGUUUUGUUUUUUUGUUUUUAAUUUUCAUUUCACGAUUGCCAAACUAUUAUUGAAAAUCGUUUUUCAGGAGUUGAUCUAUAUGUCAUUUUGACCUUGGUCUCCUCCCUAAAAUAUUUCUUGGUUCGGCCCUUGCUAAAUGUGAGAUUCCUUUCAAGGGAUGUUCCAAACCUGAACACAUAUGGAAGUGAGAAGGCAGUCUGUGCAUACUCUCUACUCACAAAAGUUAAAUUUAUUUAAAGGGACAUUCCUGAGUUUGCUGCAAUUUUAUAGAUGUUAUCGACUAACAGAGACAUUUUAACGAUUGUAAUUAUAUAUCAAAUAUAUUUUUCGGCAUAA